GACCGUCUAUUGACUACCUAUACUUCAGGGUUUCCAUAGCCGUGUGUUUUUAAAACCGGCAAUUAUACAUGUUUCUUGGCUUAUGACAAGAGGGGCACUCUGCCAGUGAACAAUGCCGGCCGCCAUGACGACGCGAUAGACGGUCACGCAUACCCAGCACGAGGACAACGGACUCGGUAAAUCACAACACAAUGGCAACGGUGUAAAAGACCUACUGGCCACAAAAGAAAACCGAUCAAGGCGAACAAAUGUUUAUUGAAACCAGCCGUCCCUGACGAGUUCAGGCUUUGGUGAUGAUAUUAAUGAUGGAUAAAGGUUGUGUUUGUCAUGCGGUAUGCGUGGGGAAGCUGUAUAUUGCUUAGUGAUUCUUCGCUUGCAGUAGCUAUGCACACCGGCCAUGGGCAGUGACGAAGUCUCUUCUUGUUACCGCAUCUCGCGGAUAAACUUCUAAACUGAAGAACCGAACUUUAUGGAAGUUUCAUACCCGAUGUGGAAUCAGACAACCAUGUCAGAGGCUUGGGUUCAGUCGGGUUCUGGACUCCACCGGGCUAUUCAGGACCAGAGGAUACACCAAGUGCGACUGCUGGUCGGUAUGGGCAUGGACGUAGACAAGGGGGACUCGGCUGGGCGUACGCCCAUGAUGAUAGCUAGCUCCUUGGACUCCGAAGAACUGGGCCUGAAAGUUAUCAAGCUCUGCCUCAAGAAGGGAGCCGACAUCAACCGGGUUGAUACGGCCGGUCGCUCGGUGCUGGCCCACGCCUGCUUGCGAGGGAAGGAGACCAUCGUGGCCUUCUUGCUGAACGAGGACAGCAUGGAGAAGAACCUACCGGACCACAAUGGUGACACACCGCUGAAUCUGACCGCGGCCAGGGGAGAGCUGGGCUGCCUGGAACUCCUAGUCCAGAGUUUGGUGAAGGAUGGCAUCUCCGUGGAUUACCGCAACAAGCAGGGUUGCACUGCCCUUCUGCUCGCUACCAAGGCAGGCCACUACAGGUGCGCACAGGUGCUCCUUCAGCAGGGCAGGUCUUCGGUGAAUUCCAGGGACAACGAGUGCUUUAUGAACCCUACAGAGUGGGCAAGACACAGCCAGAGGCUCCUUCAGCGGGACUUUAAGCAGAGGAUCCGGGCACAUCAUUCCAGCAUCGGCCCGUUGCCGACUGGAGCCUCGAUGUUGGGCAACCACCCCAGACUGGCAAAGACCUUCCUGCCUCCGAUCGGGAUCAAGAAGUGGUACGAAGACGAAGAACUGCUCUCCAAACAGCGCGAAAUGCAAGAAUCCAUGAGCGAUCUCGUGCAAAGUCUCGAGGAGCGCGAGAACGAGUUACGAGAUCAGGAAGCCUACGCCCAGAAGCCACCUCAUGUCGCCAGGCCCUCCUCAUUCGCUCCCACAGUGGUCUUCCCCAGCGGCCCGAGAAAAGACCACUACCUGUGCGCCUUGUUCAGGAUGUAUCAGGAUCAGAUCCUACACCGGCCGGCUAGACUCCCUUCAAGGCCCACCACUGUUCCUGUUGGCACAGAAUUGCCAACAGACGAGCAUCCCGGAGUAGGAGACGCAAGGAGGCAGUCGGUUGUCACUUUGAACCCAAAGCGGCCGUCUUUGAGAAAGCAAAGCACCUUGGCAAUCGGGAGUUUCAUGAAGACAAAACUGACGCUGACUGUCAACUGACUUUUAAAAAGAUACCUGAACCUUGUUUUUCUCGUGGCUGCCUGGAACAGUGGAAUAACCUAAAGGGGGUUAAAGAGCACAACCCAAUCGUAGAGGGGGUUGCAAACAGGAUGGGGAAUUAACUAAAAUAGUGCUCUAAUCUUCGAGCCGGCUGUCGUAUGCUUAAUUCUGAAGCGAGAGGCAAUGGCCUUCCCGUUGCACCAGCAAAUAUUUACCACCCCCACACAUGUAUUGUUCGUUUGGGAGAAAAAUAUUUUGACUUCGCAAGAUGACAUUUAUCUCACUGGAUUUUUUUAUUGAAUACUUGAUAGGGCUUUAUCAAAUAAAAGUAAAGUUAAUGCCAAGACACAUAACCUUUGUCGGUAUACUGACCUCUUCGGGAAAAAGAUGACCAUGUGUUUGAAAAAAAGCAGAUAUGAUUAUGAUGGACGAUAUACAUGUUGAGCAUUGCACAUAUUCAAUCAUAUAAAUGUGAUAAAAGCACCGCCACAAUCACCGCAAAUUCACAUAUUUUGUUUUAUUGCAAUUUACCAUUCAAUGAUAGAAUUAUUGACGUUAUAAUUUGUACACUUAGCACGACAAUCACAGAGUUUAAUCAUUUUUUAUAAUUUAAAGAAUGUGUUAGUAAGAAUAAAGUGCUUGUGUUUUCGACUUGCAAGUUUGUUUUUAGAA